AGCUCCCUGUCCCCGCGGACACCUCCCGCGGGCGCGCUUGAGCCUCCGCGCCCCGCCGGCCGGGGCCCGAGACGAUGAUUCCGCCGGGGGAGUGCCUGUAUGCUGGGAGGAAAAGAAGGAAGCCCAUUCAGAAACAGAGGCCCGCCAUGGGCGCCGAGAAGUCGAACCCUUCCAAGAGACACCGGGAUCGCCUCAACGCCGAGCUGGACCACCUAGCCAGCCUGCUGCCACUGCCACCCGACAUCAUCUCUAAGCUGGACAAGCUUUCGGUCCUGCGCCUCAGCGUCAGUUACCUCCGGGUGAAGAGCUUCUUCCAAGCCCUGCAGCAGCCGGCGGCCGGUGCCCCCUCACCAGGAGACAGGGACCCGCGUGGAGGGUCUGCCGUGCUGGAGGGAAGGCUGCUGCUGGAGUCCCUCCACGGCUUUGCUCUGGUGGUGAGCGCGGAAGGGAUGAUAUUCUACGCGUCAGCAACGAUUGUGGACUAUCUGGGCUUCCACCAGACGGACGUGAUGCACCAAAAUAUUUACGACUACAUCCACGUGGACGACCGCCAGGACUUCUGCCGGCAGCUGCACUGGGCCAUGGACCCUCCCCAGGCUGGGUGUGGGCAGAACCUGCUCUCAGAGACAGGAGAGGACGCCGUCCUGGGGAGGCUGCUCCGGGCCCAGGAGGGGGCCGCGGGCUGGCCCACCGAGUACUCGGCCUUCCUGACGCGAUGCUUCAUUUGCCGCGUGCGCUGCUUGCUGGACAGCACCUCGGGCUUCCUGACGAUGCAGUUUCAAGGGAAACUAAAAUUCCUGUUCGGGCAGAAGAGGAGGGCCCCGUCGGGCGCCGCCCUGCCCCCUCGGCUCUCCCUGUUCUGCGUCGUGGCGCCCCUGCCUACUGCGGUGAAGAUGCAGAGCGUGUGUCUGAGGGCGAAGCACAGGGUAGACGUCUCGGCCACGCCGGACACAAAAGCAAAAGCUGCCGCAAGUCUCUGUGAACCAGAAUUGCACGGAAAACCCAAUUACUUAGCAGGGAGGAGCAACGGAGAAAAUGGCCUGUCCGUGUUCAGGAUGCCCGCGGACGCCUGCCACUGGGGCCGGCUUGCAACCCGGGCCCCCUGCCUGUGCCUCCGGGGCGGCCACGACCUCCUCCUCCAGCCCGAGGGGGCCGCAGGGGAUGGGCGAGGGGAGGAACUAGGGGGGGUGCCGAGGGGCCCCUCCUGCCCAAGGGAGCGGAGGGACGUCCUCCCGUACAGCUGCCACCUGGAGACACAGGGACCCUCGAAGCACCUGAACUGGACGCCGGGGAGACACGGUCAGGACGGCGGCACCAAGCUGAAGCUGGAGCCCGGCAAGGGCGACCCGUUCCCCGCCGCGCCGGCCCGAGGCGCCUGCCUGCCCUACCCGGGCACACAGGGCACUGUCCACGCCGUCAGGAGUUCACCUGGCUCUCACCAGCCAAAGCCUCCCCCCGGGGCCUGCGCCGGCCGGACCAGCAGAGCCUUGCGGGAUGGCCCCCAGGGCCAGGCUCCCCCUCCCACCAGCUGCCCCUUCCCUCAGGGGAGCCUGGAGGACGGGCUUCCUCGGCCGGGAGGGCAGCGUCUCCCCGCGGGGUGCUAUCCCACCGAGGACAAGCUUCGAGGCGUCCCAAUGCCCCCGGGAGCCCCGUGUAACCCCAUAUUGUCGCUCGAUGUGCCCAUCAAGAUGGAGAGCGAAUCCGGGUCCGAGGAUGCGGCAGACGGCUACUCUGUGUCCCCGAGCCAGGCGUGGCUGGGGGCCAGCGACGUGGCCAAGAGACAGCUGGUCACUUUCCCUACCAGGAUGCACCUGAAGAUGGAGCUGGACUCCAGGCACCCCCUCUACAGCCCGCCCCUGGGGCCCGGCCUGCUGGGGGCCCACCCCAGGCCCGGCAGGGAGCUGGCCCCGUUGCACCCCGCACACUGCGCCUGCCUGGAGCCUCCGCCCCGCCUCUGUGCUGGGGGCCACCAGCCCCCCAGCCUGGGCUGUGACUGCCAUGCUCCCGGGCCUGCGCCCGUGGUCAAGCUUGAGCCCCUGGACUCGCCCCCGUGGGCCGCUCACAGCCAGGGCGGGGCGCCCGGGAUACUCCCCAGGAGCGCCUUGGCGACACGGAUGCCACCCAGAGACCCCGAGUGCACAUUCCUGCCGUAGAGCAGGCGUCCGUCAAGGCUGACGUCCGUCCCUCGGCCGGCCGGCAUAGCAGUGCAGGGGCAGAGACUUUCCUGAGGGAGGCGCGUGCAAUAGCAAAUCCUGUAUCUCGUCAAACGCCACUGAAGUGCUUAAAUGCAGAGUGGUCUUAAGUCUGCUCAAGUGUGACAGUAUUGCCCUCUAAGGGGACACGGUUUCUCAGAAAAAGGCCGGAGCGAGCUGGGCCGCCUGGCGGGGCAGCACUCGGUGCUCUGAGAGGUGCAGCAAGUGAGGGCAGGCGACCGGCGACCUGGCCCGACCGCAGUGUCCAGCGCCCACCCCCAUUCCCGGCUUCCCCGACGCCGCCUCCGGCGAGUGGACCUCGGGGAGCAGCCUCACCCUGGGGGUCCCACUGCCGAGACAGCAAGUUGGGAAUCAAGCUUAUUGAGCGGCAGGUGACCACUUGCCCAUUCCUGGGAGGAGUCCAGAAGUUCCAGGUGGAAGAGGCUGUCAGCACCGGGCCGGCACUUCACCACGACGACGUGCAGCGUGUGCCUGAGGCGCUGGCGCAGGCUGAGGCCGGCCCGCGGGAGGAUUGGCCGCAUCCCACCCUGUUCCUCCUUCCGCGAGCGUCUCUGGUGUGGUCAGGGGGCCCUGAAGGUGGUUCAUGCUCAUCUGCCUCUCACCGCAUCAUGCAACCUAGCUUACAGGGUCUGGAUUUGGAAGUCUAGAGAAGUACAAGACGUAGGGAGAGGAACGAGUUAGUCCAGUUGUCCGGCUGUCUUGCUGACUCUCUACAGGUUUUUAAAUGAGACGCCAAUCAUCAUCCCAGGAGGAACUAUUAGAGACAAGACAGACAGGUAAUGCUUUAUAAAAACGAAAAAAUUGUGGGGACUUCCCUGGCGGUCCAGUGGUUAAGACUCCGUGCUUCAAAUGCAGGGGGCGCAGGUUCGAUCCCUGGUUGGGGAACUGAGAUCCUACAUGCUGUGCGGUGCAGCCAAAAAAAGAAAAAAGAAAAAGAAAAAAUUGUGAAAGUAAUACAUUCUGAACGCAGGAAAUUAGGAUGCAAAAGAAUAAAUCGGAAAGUGCGGGUCACCUGCAAUCACCAGGGGUGGCUCGGGGCUCAGGGCGAAGUUCACCGCGCCUUCCGGGGUGACCCCACGCCACGGGUGCAGUUAGUGCAGGACACGACACCAGGGGACAAAAUCACCACCGAGCAGGAGGAAGCUGGUGGGAGAUCCCCCUGUGCUGGGGUUGGAGACCCUCCUUACGGAUGUGGUCAUCCGUCCCGGGAGUCCCGGGAGGUGCAGGGGCCCCUUGCAGCCCCGCCACGUUCAGCGGGGGGUCUUUCUGUCCGGCAUCUGUGGCUUUGGGGUGUCAGUGUUCAGCUCCUGAGUUAAUGCUGAAGCUGUCUGCUAAAUGCAUCGUCACCUUGUCAGACUCAGGACUGGGCUGGCGGGACUGGGUCUUCUGGACCCUUAGGCAGCUGCCUGCUUCGUGGAGGGGCUUCCCCUGGGGGGCGUGGGGGGAGCUGAAGGUCCCUCCCUGGACUGACAGAGGUUACCCGUUGGAGCCCAGGUUUGGGAGUCACCAACUUGUGGCCUCCUGGGAUCCCCGAGCCCUGCCCAGCAGCCUGUUCAUCUCUGCCCAGCCCCCGGGGGCCUUGCAAAGGUGACAUCGGUGCUGUGCUGUCCCCCCCGCCCUCGCGAGAGUCUCCCCCUCCCCGUCACGAUGGCAGCCCAGCGCCCGUCAGGACCACCUGCUUCCCACCCUCGCUGCCCGCUGGCUCAGCAUCCCUCUCUACUUAGUUCUCAUGCUGAGCCCAGCACACCUGAUAGAUUUCAUCCCGAAGACAAGGGGUGGAAUUUCAGAAACUUCCUCCUUCCUUUCUAUUCAAGCCAAGUGCCCAGCUCCUCGCGGACAGCCCUGCACCGUCUCUCAAAAGUAACUGGCAGCCUCUCUGGAGCUCCGUCUGUGCAAUGUCACCCUCAGCACAGGGGUGGGUGCUGGGAUGCACCGGGGCACCCCUCAGCGUGACGCCUGCCCUUCCCGUCUCAGGGUACAGCAGACAGGUGCGCUGCAUGCGCGUAACACGUAAGCGGGAAAACCCUGGGCCGAAAAGAUGGAAUUGAGAGACACCAUUGCAUGUUUGCACACUGUAGCCAGAUCCCAGUGUAACCAAAGAAGAGCUGCAGGCUGAAGGACAUUCAGCUGUCCCCGCCCAUGAGGGCCACGGUGCCCAAACGUUUCAGAUGCACCCACUCUCCCAGGACCAAGUGCACCAAAUUGGUCACGGUGGGUGGGCGGACAAGUCGUGCGUUGCGAUGCAGAAUUCAGCAUCUGGACAUCAGCGCUGCAGGUCUUGCGUUCUGGAGAGGCCAUCAUGCUUGGCGCCCAGGUCCUGACAUGCUAGGUCGGUGGGAACAAAACGUCCCUCAGUCAGCACCUUUGUUAUUUCCCAGCCAUGCCCCUGCUGAAAAACCGUGUGGGGAAGGUGAGGAUGGAAUGUAGAAGGUCAGAUGUGGCCAUUCCUGCUUUAAAAUGUCAUUACCAGUGCUAAUUACGGGCUUGUAUUUUCUGUUGUCUGUAGCUUUUGUCUAUAUAGCUGAAAAAAUAUUAAAAUCAAAUAUGAUGUAGGAAUGGGGUGGAAGGGAGGAAAUAAACACAAAUUAUAUUUUAUAUUUUUGCAGUUUCUACUGGAUGAAAAAAGUUUUCAAUAUCUAGACUGACUUGUUGAAUUUUUAAAAAUGGAUACACUAUAAUAUAACUUUUUGUACUGUUUUC